CUACCGGUACAGUAACAAGAAUAUGAAAUUCGUACUACACUAGUACGGUGCUGGUAUGAGAACCAACUUCAUACUCGUACUCUGAUGAUCUUGGACUUUUUGCAUGUAAGUUGUGUUAGAAGUGCUCUACAGCACCCAUUCGAUCGGAAGCAACAGAAACUGAAGGAAAAGCAGUGCUUAAGAGUGCGGCGAACGCAAAAUCUAUCCAAUGUUUGAAAUGGGAAUAUUCGGGGGCAAAGAGAACAACGCGGAUGUCGAUGCAACGGUAAGUGAAACCCUACGCUUUUGCGCAAAUGAUAGUAGAACAGGUGGCUGUCUGGAGGUUUUCUGCCAUGAUAUUGGAAUUUUUAUUAAAGAUCGAAGGUAUUUCUCAUGCAACCUGAAAAAUUGCGUGCGACUUGGUGCUGCACUUUGUAAUCGUCCGUCGAUCCUCGUCAUCCUUCUAUUACCCAAAAGCAUCGAGCAUCCUCAAUGGCGGCAAGAAGGUUUGGAACUCCGCUGCGUAGCAACGUCGACAAAUCAAAAAAAUCUACACAAACGAGUACGAAAAAGAAAGUGAAAGUACGUCGAACCCCGCAACGAGCACCAGGCAGCAACCCGAACACAACUGCAAGAGAAAAACCAGAACCCCAUCGAUUGUCGUUAUUCUCUUCCGUUGUCGCAAGAAACACUAGUGAGAAGACUAUUAUCUUAACUCCCGGCCCAGUCGGUUUGCAAUUGGAGCCUGUGAACGAGGCUCCUAUGUAUGGAUGUAGAGUUGCCAGGUUUGUAGAUGGGGGGCCUAAUGAUCCUGGACAGGCUCGGAAGUCUGGCAAGAUCAAACCCGGCGACUUGGUACUGAAAGUCGAGGCAGAGGGAAUGUUGAUAGCAGCCACGACAUACGACGAAAUCAUAAAUCUAUUGACGAUGACACAUGUGAAACGAAUAAUCACCGUUCAGUCGGUCUGGGAUUCGAGUCCAUCAGCGAGAAAAAAAGCGAAGAGCCACCAACGCUUCAUUCCGACAAAACGAACGAGUUUGAAGAAGGGAAAAAAUGGUAAAAAUGAGACAGCGAUACAAUCGCCGUCUGCAUCUCCUAGACUCCAAGAAAAUGACAAAAUGUCUUUAAAUGCCACUGUAAAAAGCGCUGGAAAACGUCGAUCUCCUUGUCAGCUUUUAUCGCCUUCGCCCUCAACUCAACAAGAAUCACCAAGUCAGAAGACACCUAUCAGGAAUAGAAAAAUAUUCGCAGAGGAGUCAAAAGGACCAGUCAUUGUUCCAAUCCAGUCGUCAACUCCAGACAGAGCAUCAGAACCCUCCAAUUCAUCUUAUUUGAGCCAGGAUACAACCAGAUCAUCGCUUAAAUCAAUUUCAACACCGCCACGCCAGGCUCUCGCUGAUCAGUUUCUUCUCUUUGAUGGGUUCAUGGGUACGUAUGAGCAAGAGUUUUCUCAAACUUCGAACGACAUGACGUCAUCAUUUGUUGAUAAUUCGAGAGUUGUAAACGAUAGUGGCCAAACUAGCCCUCUGGAUUCUCGUCACAUCCGGACACCUGAAGUAGAAAAGCAACCACAGGGAGAGAUUUCUUCGAAAGACGAUGGCUGCGAAGAAUUCCCGGCAGAGCUCCAGGUCAAACAGCAGCAGGACCUAUUUGAGGAAAGUCUCGCACGUGCUGCAUACGAACAACGUCUCCAAGAAGUGAGAAAAGAACAGUCGAAGACUGAACGAGAAUUGAAAGAUCUCUACGUACAUACAUGUGAAAGGAACGAAAAUAAAAUCCGUGAACUUCAAGUCGUGAACGAGGAUCUCCGAAAAGCUCUCGAGGAAAGCAAAACAAAACAGAAUGCGCUAACACAUACUCGGAUUGAAGAAUUGGAAAGGAAAGUUGCUGAAACCGAAAAACUUCGAAUGCAAACACAGGUACAAGCAAACGAAAAGAUACACACGAAGACUAACGAAUACAGACGUGUCGCAAAAGCAAAAGAAGAUAGUUUGAGGAAAAGGCUCACCAAACUCGAAGAAGAAAACUAUGUUUUGCGCGAAGAAUCAGAGUCAAGGCUAAUUGAGCUCGGUAUGGCACGAACUAUGGUAACAGAGAUGGAGUUCCGAAUUGUUGAGGCCGAACGAGAGAAAGUCGAGAUUACGAAUCGCCUUGAAGAUGCUUCGUGCUCUAUUCAAGAACUUGAAGAAUCCAUACUCCUAUCCAAAGAAUCUGACCUAAACAAUCAUGGGAUAAUUGAACAUACACAAAAGAAACUUGAAGAAGUUACGAGGGAAAAAGAGGCUUUGAUGGAAGAAAUAGAAAACUACGAAUCGUUCAAGGAAGAAUCAUCAGUCCUCACUGAAAAACUAGCAAAUUCACUACAAGAAAAACAGAAGGCGGUUAUCGAGAGCCAAUCCUUGGCCUCCAAGAUCGAGGCAGAAAAUUACGAACUUUCAAAACAAAUUGCAGAUGCGAACAGUGACGUAGAACAGCUUCUAGAGGAGAAAUUGCUUCUUGAGGACAAACUAGCGAAGACCUGGAAAGACAUCGAACAAACAAAAAACGACGCCUCUACCAUUCAUGAAACCUUGAUGGAGAAACUGGAGAAUGGCGAGUACUAUACCUUCGCUGAUAUUGAAGAGAAGAAAAUUGUAAUCCAGUCAUUGACCAAAGACCUUCAGGUAUUAAAAGAGACUUCGAAGGAUGAAUUGAUUAAGUCCAGCAAAAAGGCCAUAAAUCUGCACCUACAAUUACGGGGAGCCAAACGAGAACUUUUAGAAAUACAACAAUCGGAGAUAGAAGUUACCGAAGAACGCAAUGAUCUGCAAGAAAGAAAACUCGAACUAGAAGAAAUUAUAGCUGAUAUGGAUAGCCGAGUGAAGAAGGCGACUAAAAUGUAUGAGGACGAGCAAGCCGUGGUAAAUGAACUCAAGAUUCAAAUUGAAACAGUAACGAAAUCGAAAGAAAUCGCUGAAGUAAAACACCGGGAAUUGAUCGAAGCACUAUCGUUGCAAAUAGCUUCGAAGACGAGUGAACUUUCAUCAUGUCGGGAGAAAUUAGAUGAAAUGGACUUACUCACAAAGGACGUAGUUGCAACAAGCGAAAACCUCAAGACUCAAGUUGAAUCUGUUACAAAAUCCAAAGAAGAAGCCGAGUUGCAGUACCAAGAAUCCAUAGAAUCACUAUCACUGCAACUUGAAUCAAAGAAGAGCGAGCUUACCAUGUGUCAAGGCAGAGUGAAGGAAAUCCAAUAUUUGAAAGACGAGCAGUCCAAGAUGAAUGCAAACCUGCAAUCUCAGUUAGAUGAUAUGACAAAAGCUGAGAAAGAAUCCGAAUUGAAGUUCCAAGACUCCAUCAAAUUAUUAUCGUCUAAACUUGAAUCAAAUAGAAAUGAGCUACUUUUAUGCGAGGGCUUAAUGAAGGAAGCAGAAUCUCACAAAGAAAAGCAAUUGAUGAUUAUAUCAAACCUCCAGUCACAAUUAGAUGCUGUGACAAAAUCGAAGGAUGAAUCUGAGUCAAAAUACGAGGAAUCUAUGGUCUCUCUUUCAACAGAGCUAGAAUCAAGGAAGACUGAGCUUUUACUGUGCCAAAGUAGAUUGGAGCAAACCUUAUCGCAGAAAGACGAGCAGGCAAAGAUGAUAACAGAUCUCCAGUCUCAGUUAGAUGAUAUGAAGAAAUUGAAGGAAGAAUCCGAGUUGCAACAAAAAAAAUCAAUUGAAUCUCUCUCCUCAGAGCUGAAUUCAAGGAAGGGCGAGCUUCUAUCGUGUGAAAACAGCAUAAAAGAAUUCAAGUCUAAGAAUGACGAGCAGUCAAAGAUGAUAACAGAUCUCCAGUCUCAGUUAGAUGAUGUGAAGACAUCUAACGAAGAAUCCGAGUUGCAACACAAAAAAUCAAUUGAAUCCCUCUCCUCAGAACUUGAAGUGAAGAAGGUUAGGCUUUCAUCUUGCGAACGCUUAUUAGAUGAAAGUGAAGCUAAAGAGGACGAGCAGUCAAAGAUGAUAACAGAUCUCCAGUCUCAGUUAGAUGAUAUAAAGACAUCCAAGGAAGAAUCUGAGCUUCAACACGAAGAAUCAAUUGAAUCCCUCUCCUCAAAGCUUGAACUGGUGAAGGGCGAGCUUUUGUCUUGCAAGGAUGAAUUGGAAUCUAUCAGAGCGUCAAAAGAGGAUGCUAUCGCAGCUGGUGUCUUGCUCAGACAUGACAUGAACGCGUUGGUAACUUCCAAGAAACAAUUGGAAAUUCAACACAAUGAGUCAGUAGAGGCAAUUGUAUCAGAACUCGAAUCGAAGAAUAAUGAACUAUCUCAAGGAUUGACAAAACUUAAGACCACGGAAAGUCAAUUAGAGCACAAAGUUGAUGCAUUGCAGAUUGAGAAGGAAGAAUUGGUGGCGGAAUGCGAGGGCAAGGUUGGUUUGCUUGCGGCGCGGCUUGAAAACGAAGAGAAAAAGCUGAUCUCUGCAGAAAAGAGAGAGAGAGAGCUCCUCGAAAAGCUGAAGCUAUUAAGCAUUGAAAGAGAGAAUGAACUCAAAAGAUCCGAUUUACGAAUCGAGGAUCUCACGGCAGGACUACAGUACGAAUAUGAAGAGUUUUCGUCCAUGGAAAUGAGAUUGGACAUUCUUCAAGAGGAAUACGAUUCUGUCAAAUCUUCCCUUGAUACAGCAAUGGAAGAAGCGAAUAGUCUAAGAAUGGAGAAAAAGGAGAUUGUAAAUAUCCACGAAGAGGAGAUGAAACGAUUGAAUUCGGAAUUGCGAAGCCAGCACACGCUCUUUGAAACAGCUGAGUCGAAUCUGAAGCAGUCAAUAGAGAAAUCGGUUCAGUACAAGAAGGAUAUCGAACAGCUGACAAACGAGCUCCACACGACUAGAAGUGAAUUCUCGGUUGUGCAAGAAAAGCUGAAUUUUUUUGAAGACAAUGGUAUCGACUCAACUACUUUGGCCGAAUUGAAGAAGUCGAUUGACUCGCUGAAAUCGGAAAACGAAGAGGCUUCGACUCAAUAUUGGGAGAGCAUCCAAGAGUUAACAACUGAUCUUCAGUCUCGCAAUCAAGAACUUUCUUCCAAGCAAUCGGCCAUUGAUCACAUGGAAGAGGAAAUUCAGUGCAACGAAAUCAAGAUUCAAGAAUUGGAACUUGAAAUUUUCCAGAAGGAUAUAGCAAUUGGUAACCUCCGAGCUGAAUUGACUGUUCAAGCAAAGCGCCUUGAUUGUAGCGAUACAGAGAAUUCGAAAAAACUUGACAUCAUUUCAAGUCUAAAGUCAAAAAUAAUAGACAUCGAAACUUCUGCAGAUGAUAGACAGUCUUCAUGUGAUGCCCUCAAGAAAAAUGUCAGGGAUCUGGAAAAAGCGAAGGAAAAGAUAUCAAUAGAUUCUUGCUCUGAAAUUUUCCGUCUCGUCAAACGAUUGGCGAUUCUUGAUCACACCCAUAGUGACGUCAAGGAUCAGCGAUUGAAGGCAAUGGAAAUUGCAGUAAUGCAACGCAAGUGGCAAAAACAAGCCACAUUGAACGUAGAAUCAUUGCAAAAAAAACUUGCGGCCAUGUCGAAACGGGCUAUUCAAUUUGAAAACGAACUGAAAGUAAAUGUCAGUGAGCAGCAAGAAGGUAAAAAUCGAUUUACUAUUGAGCUAUCCGAGAAAACGAAACAACUUGAACGUCAAAGCAUCAUGAUAACGGAGAUGCAAGCAGAGAUAUCUGCAAUGCAGCUCGUGGCGAAAAAUUUCGAGGACUCCAAAGAGAAAGAAAUCAGCGCAUUAAUAACGGAAAACGAGAAUUUACAGUCCAUGCUUUCUUCCGAAAAAAUUGCAAAUGCACAGAUAGUUGGCGAGGCGUAUGAUGUGAGAAUAGAGCUGGAGUUGCUUGACGAAAAGUUCAACUCAGUGGUUUCAACCAAAGAAAAGUCUAUGCGUACAUGCACGGCAUUUGCACGCAGUCUGUUCCAAGCUAAUGCUAUUAUCACCAGCCUUUCUGUUCAAUUGAAGAAUAAUAAUCGCAUGCUUACUGAAGCGUUUCUCAAUUCUCAAAAAUACAAACUCGAAAAAGAGGAGAAACUUGAAGCCCUUGAGGAGUCAAGAAGCCUUUCACAGGAACUAGAGAAGAAUACCGAAGAGUUGAAGUCACAUCUCGCUAAAACUGAAGAAUGCGUCAAGAAGACGCAGCAAUCUCUCGGAGAUGCUCAGCAGUCAGAGUCAGAUCUCAGGACUCAAUUUAAUGAGUGGAAGAAUUGCUUACAGAAUACGGUGCGUGAAAUACAAGCAAAUAUCAGAAACGCCCCUGCCAAAGCAGCGAAUGAAGAAAUCGGUGAUAACGGACUUAAUCGCAAUGAGCAUUAUGAAGGCAGCGCAGUUGAUCUUCCUUCGAUUAUUGGAGAAAUUAAUCGACUCAUCGACUCCAAUUUGUCAUUAGAGAGAGAUCUGGAAGCAAUGAAAAAUGAUAAAUUGAUCACAAGUGAACUCCUUGAGAAGUCGAUGAGGACGGUCAGGGUUCUUCAUGAGGAUGCAAGCGAAUUGAGAGAAAAGGUUGAAGCAAAAAAUAGAGAUAUUGAUUUUCUAACAGAGGAACUCAAAUCUGCGGAAUCAUCAUCAUUGCGUUUGAAAAAAGACCUCGAGUGGAAUGAAAAGGAUUAUCAGUCUCACGUUGUGGAAUUGCAACAGCAGGUUUUAUCAACAAGAGCUAUCUUUAUCGCUGAUCAUUUCAAAAUGCAAAAUUUAGAGAGAUGUGUUUCCAAUCUUCAUCAGAGCGAAAACGCGAAGGCGAACGAAAUUCUUGAGCUGCAAGCCACCAAUGGAAAGCUUCAUGACAAAAUGGAGAGGAUGGCUUUGAUUGUCGCGGAAAGAGAACACCAAUGCGAAGAGCUGCUGCGUGCGAUGAAAAUGAAAGAAAUGACUCCACUCACUGAUGAAGGAAAAGGGGAAGAAGAAACAACAAAGAAAUCAGAAAGAACGGAGAAAGCAAGAUUAUUGAAAAAUAUUGAAGAUCUCAGCGUCAAAUUGAUAUCGAUUGAGGAAUCUCAUAGGCAGAGCGAAAUAAUGCAUAAGAGUACCGAAGAGUCGCUGAAGAAGAAUGUCUCUAAGCUUCGUGCAGAAUUUGUUGCCAAGCAUCUUGAAACGAAUGAUUUAAAGAAGCAAAUAGUCCUUCUCAAUCACAGUAAGAAAAAAGCGAAGGAGAGCAUUACAGAAUUCAAAAGAAUUAUUUCAAAUCUACGAGCCGACUUGGACAAGAGCGAAGUUGCCCUCUCCCGGUCUCAAACUCAUGCUUCAGAGGUUGACGAGCAAAUGAUUUUUAUCAUGAAUGAGCGAAAGCAGUGCCAGGAAAAAUUGGAAUCUCUCCUCAAAAACAAGGACGAAGAGCUUAAUAUGUUGGGCGAUAAAGUCAUCCAAACUAAUGCUGCCAUAGAGAGCAUGGAAAUUGAGAACGCGUCUCUCAAAAGAGACAACACAAAAAACCAAAAGAAACUCGAAGAUUCUCUCUCUCAAAAAAGUUUUGAAGUAGAACAGUUACAAGAAAGAACUCUGUUCCUUGAGAAUAGUCUCAAGAACUCGGAGAAAAAAAUAAACGAGAAGGAAUCGGCUCGAAAAUCAGAAGCCAGGAAGUAUUCAAAUUUGCAGAGAGAAAUGGAUUGCCUAUCAACGAAGCUAGAAACCCUCGAGAAAGAAAAAUAUGCUUUGUCAGAAACCAUAUCGAUACAGCAAAAACAGCUUCACGUAAAAGAAGAAAAGUUCAACCUGGAAAUCGCAAACGAACUAACCAGAUUGCGUGAAAAAGUUAGUAUUCUCGAAGUAGAAAGUUCAACCAAAUCUAAAUCACUCGCUGACAUAGGUAGUGCCCUUGAGUCGAUGCGCAUCCGUUUUGGCAAUCUGACGGAUGAGAAAAACGAAUUAGAUGAAAAGUUCGGAAGUACAAACGUGGAACUCAGACAAUGCCGGGAACUGUUAGAAGACAAAGAAAAGCAUCUUAUUGCAUCAAAUGCUAUGAGAGAGGCAAUCGGAAGAGAUUUUGAAAAUCUUAUCCACCAACUUGGUGAAGAAAAAAACACUCGGUUGAAGGAAGUAGGUGUUCUAAAAAAUAAAAACGCAAACCUUGAGGCAACCAAUUUGACACUUUGCGAGAGCGUCGAGGAUGCGAGAAAAAAGACAGCCGCUCUAGAAAAAGAGCUCCAACAUGUAAAUGAUCACUGCGUUAGGUCAGACCCACCUGUAAUUGAAGGUGCUAAGUCUGAUCAUGUGUCAUCCGUAAAGGAUGCAUUUUUCAAACAAGCAGCGGUGCUCGAAGACGUGAAAAUAUCAGAGAAAAUGCUUGAGGAUCUCAUUAAAGAAGUUAUGAACCUAGCAUCUAAAUCUGAGUCUGAACUGCUUGAACUGUCGUCAACCUUGGGAACAGUCGACGACCUAUUUUUGAACCCCUCAAAUCUUCUUGCAUCUUUGGAUCUUGCCGGUAUGGAUUCAUCUGAAAACUACUUCGCUGAAGUUCGAUCACGACUUGAAGAUUUGGCUGCUCUAGCAUACACAACAAGCGUCGAACUGAAUGAUCGACAAAAUCGGCUUAUGCAAUGGAAAGCAAAACGCUCCGAGUCUCCAUCUCUUCCCAAAACGCACGUCGAAUCGACCUGCGAUGUUACUGCCGUUGUUACCGAUGCGGCCAAAGAAGUCCGGGACAAGGUAGCUGGUGCAAGACUUCUUUGUUGCGUCUUGGAAAAUAACAACAAGAUGGAGGUUGCAUCUGCCUUCCGUAAAUGGACCUGCGCCGCGGGAAUCAUGACUGCGAGUUCAAAUGCCAAAGAGACAGCUGCCGAAUUGGCUCACGAACUUCACGUCACUCGAGAAAAGAUAAUGGUUUUGAAGAGGCAUAUGAAGGGAACGCGAGCAGGAAAGCAAAAACCAAAGUUGCGAAGAAUUCUCGAACGAAUAGAUACCAAUGCGAGACAUCACGACGAUCAUAUUAAAAUGCAUUCAAGCAAUACAAUCGAUAUCCACACGGAUGGGAAUGAUUGUUCAUUUGGGAUAUAAGGAGAUGCUGAGCCCGAUAGGGCUACGUUAGGGAGAGUUGAAUAACAUGGAAUAUGUUGUGACAUAGAAUUGUUGUGUAAUUUUCGUUAAAACUCUACAUCAUAAUACUCCUACUAAACUAGACGAAUGGUUGCGGGUCCCUGAAUGUUGUUAAGGCAUGUAAGGCGCGCCUUUGGUGCCUUCGCAAGUCGUUGGUCUUCGUAGUCGGAUCGUUCUUCCCAUCCUUCCGAUUCGAUGAAUUCAGCGGCACAAAAGGUGCAUUGUCCACCACCCCCGCAGUUUCCUAGUUUUUGUUUCAGUCCCUGGUAGACCUCAAUGUUAUUUUGUUGAAGGGUAGUGCGCAAGUUAUCGCCGACCUUCGCUUGGACGAUGGUCUCGGGAUUUCCGUUGUUGUCAAGUACCUUGAUGGCCACAGUGGUUCCGACAGGGAAGGCUUCCUCGGCCGGGGGUGCAGACGACUCACCGUCCGAAGCGAGCAAAAAGUCAAGGCUGAUGGGGGAGGGUGCGGCAAUGAGCUGGUCCAUGACGGAAUCAAAAUCCAUGCUCGUCACGUCGUUUCCCAUGACGUUCGCCAGUGGAAGCCCGACCAACUGGUCCUUGAACUCCGAGGCAGCGGCUGAUCCAUCCUCGGCGAGUUCCAGAACGUAGACACCCUUGGCCUGGCCCUCCUCCACUUCCUCUAGAAUAACUCCAAGGGGCUUUU